AUGACGUUCUGCGCCCUGAACGCCGCGUUCGCGCUCGCGUGCGCCGCGUUCGGCGGCGCCGUCGUCGCGUCGGCGAAGAGCGGGGCGUCGAGCGCGAGCGCGCGCGGGCGGGACGGGACGCGCAGGCGCGAGCGGGCGAUCGAGGCGACGAGCGAGGCGAAGGCGGUGAAGGGUAAGAAGGGUAAGAAGUGA